CUUACCCGCUCCCUUCUUCCCUUCUCAGGAACAUAACAUCAUGAACCACGCAAGAGUUUAACACACUCUUAAUAAAAAUCAGUGUUUAAUAACGUCGCCGGCGGUUGUAGCAUUGAUCACGACCCAGCAUUAAUCGAACUUCCAGGGCAUAUCCAAGCUUGGACAGUAUCAUCUAUACGGCGAGCACGCAAGCAACCCAUAUAUCAUCGUCACCAGUUCUCGGCACCUUUCAUAGGAUCCUCCCGCCGAAUACACCUUCACGUCUCGACGAACAUACGAGAACUUUCUCGCAAACCCACAUCUACAAGUUCACUUCGGUGCCGAUUAUCUUCGAGAUACCCUUGGAGAAGUGUAACAAUUCGUCUACUUACUCAAUUCGAUAUUCGCGAUCGCUUUCGCGAAACCAUCCGCCACCAUACAUCCUCAAUUCAGCCAUAGUCUGCUCCAGCAGCCGAGCAGCGAAUUCGAAGGCAUGCCUUAUAAGGCUGAGGGUCUAGUCCUAACCGUGGACCCGAACGUCAUUCACAAGGUCGACACAAACAACCCUCAGAACCUCUUUAGCAUGUGGACUGUGUUUUCUAGAUGUGCCGACUCAGUUGAACAAGGCCGAAGAUUAGAGAACCUCAGUUGGCGAUUGUGGAACAGAGAGACCUUUUGCUGCGAAGCCAAAGGACUUCCCGCCGUCACUGCUACCACAUUACCGAAGGACAUUCCCGCACAACAACAAAUAUCAGACGUACCCCAAUUAUCGGGGAGCGUUGACUCUAUCGCUGACGAAGAAGCAAUCGAUUUCACUGCAAUUUCCGAUCCCGUCGAGAUCCUCCGACCUCGAAUCGUUCGACAAGACUCUUGUGCCAGCAGCCGAAGCAGAGGCCGCGAACGGCAUAUUACCUCAGACCAUCUUGAGAAGAUGGUUGUCUCCAUCAUCCAAGAGAAGGAGCCGAACUUGGCUCCUCUCCCUGAUAUGAGCUCUCCCUCAGUCGAGUCGUCCAUUGCGGACCACAUCCACUCCUCCCCAGAAGCAGAUCACACCCCUGCUACGCAAGUUACCGAGUCUGCGUGCGAAUCUGUCAACUCUUCGUCUGAAGCGUCUUCGCAGGCGAAAUCCACCGAGAUCCCUGCUACUACUGUCAUCCGAGGUUUCUCACCAUCACAGAUCCCAUCUUUUCGCGUUUCCCACGAGCCUAAGCUCGCAGCGCAAAGCCCCAUUCCUGAACCGCAAUCCUCUCCCGCCCACAAGCCGGUGCAGCCUAAGAAGCAAGGUGCGAUGUUCAAGAUCGGCGACUCUUCUAGUAACGAGUCUUCGCCCCAGAGCCUAGAUACGCGCAAGCCCGUGCCUCCACCUACCAAGAGACCCAUGUUCGAGGUAGGCGUCGGCUCCUCUGGAGAAGAUGAGGGUUCUUCCCUGAAGAGCGCUAUGCACUCUUCUCGGCAAGGUUCCCUCCUUAGUGCACAGAAGAAACAGACGUCGUUCAACAACCACAUCUCAACGCGGACAAUACAGACUCCUAGCGACCAGUCGGACAGCUACAUGGAUGAGAGUGCCAUUGACGAUGACGACGAGGACUCGGAGUGGGAGGAUUCUAUUGAGGAGAGCGGCAAGUCUAGUGUAGAUGAUGCUGUUACAUUCAAGCGGGUGCCAUCGAAGCCGAAUCUUACCUCUCAGCGAUCAUUGAUCAGCCUGAUGUUUGCCGGACAAGAAGAGCGAGCCAAGGGUCUCAGCAACUACGCCUCUCAUUCGACUCCCGCCAUCCCUCAACGUGCACGGGCUUUACAAAACCCAUCAAACAUGAACGUCGUCUCUCCCAACGAUUCUGACAACGGCCUCGAGAUGAGAAGGGGGGUACGGCAUACGCCACUCAAGCCUAUUACCGAAGUUCCUCGGUCUAGCGCGCAGCCCAUCAUGACAAACCAGCAGACCCACCACCACCACCAAGCAGCUUUGUCGCCUAGGACGACCAGAAGAAACAUGCUCGCUACGGAAUUGACCGAGUCGCUUCGUCGUCAACUCUUAUGGGAACGACAACAGAAGACAUCGACUGCCAAUGCAGUUCUCAAGCGACGUCACACCUCACUUGACGUUGCUAACUUAAAACAGUACCCUGAAAAGGCCUAUAUGGCCAAGGGUAGGGAGGAGCCCAACUCGAGCAGCUGGAACCAAUAUUUCAGCCGCGACGACUUCGGUGGAUACCAUGCGCAAGGCUGGUAAUUUUUCAAAUUAUUGCGGACAUUUUCGGACAUACCCUGGAUCGAAGUGCGGGCGAAGCACUCGACGGCAGAUCUCAGACUGCCCUGUA